UCGUGAGGAAGAAAAGAAGGGCAAUGCGGGCGGGCGUCGGGGGCAAGCCAAACCUACCGCUUCCGCACGCCGAUUCAAUGCGCCGGUCACGAGUUGGUUGGCGCCAUAAAGGCUCCACCUUUCUCCACUCCCUUCUUCUCCUCUCUCUUCGACUGCCAGUGCUUCGUCGUCAUCAAGACAUCGAUCCCCUAGCUCUCCUCCUGCUCGGAUCUCUCGAAACACCAUCCAGCUUCUUCGAUCGGUCUGUCUGUGUCUGUGUGUGUGAUUGGAGGAAGUGAAGUGAGGUUCUGAGGCGGGGAAGGAUGGAUCCGUCGGGGGCCUUCUCGCGGAGCUCGAGCAAUGUGUCGCUGGCGUCGCUGGUGAGGAGCGGGAGCGGCGGGAGCGGGCGCGGGAGGGGCGGCGCCGUGGGGAGCAGGCGGAUGAUGCAGCGGGUGCUCCGCGGCGUCAUCACCUUCAUCUUCGCCAUCGCGGGGCUGUUCCUGGGAGCCGUCACCGGCGGUCUGAUCGGCCUCGCGACCGAGAGCGGCCUGUUCCGCGGCACGGGCAUCGGCGCCAUCACCGGCGCGCUGGUGUCCAUCGAGGUCGUCGACUCCUCCAUCCGCCUCUGGCGCUCCCGCCGGUCCGGGAUCUGGAGCAUCCUCUACGUGCUUAAUGUGAUCUACAGCCUCAUCACGGGCAGGCUUGUUCGCGAGAAGGUCGAUCCGGCGGUGCAGCGGGUCGUUCGGAGCCAGAUGAAUGCUGUGGACUCAUCGCAGUUCAGGGAGGCCCCUGACCUUUUCGAGAUCGAGGGCACCAACGGCAUGCCGAGGGCGUCCAUUGAUAAGCUGCCUGAGAACAGGAUCACCGAGGAGUACAACCGGAACGCCGUCGGUGAUCUUUCAGGAUGCUCUGUCUGCCUCCAGGAUUUCCAGAUUGGGGAGAAGGUGCGGAGCUUGCCCGAUUGCUGGCACGUGUUCCACGUGCCGUGCAUCGACGGCUGGCUGAUCAAACACGGGUCGUGCCCAUUGUGCAGGAGGAAGCUCUAGAUCAUCAUGAUCACCAUCCUGGACGACGAUCGAUGAAGAACUGUGCUCUGUUAUUAGAAAGGAGGCUAUGGUUGCUGCUUUGCAUGCUGUGUGUGCGCGCUAUGCCUGUGUUGCUGUUGCUAGGAGGCUGACAUAUCUAUAGAACGAACCCUAAAUUUAUAGAGUUUUUGUUUUUUUGCUUUUGCUUUUUGAUCUCUCUCCCGAUCAAUGUAAUAUAGUACGUACUACUGAAAAAUGAAAAAGCACUGGACCGGCUUGCGCUU